GAGGCAGAGCAGCAGGAGAGCAAACGCUGGAAGAUCUGCAGGCCAUGCAGGUCCCUGCCCUGAUCCUGGUCACUCUCCUGGUCCUGCUGCCCCCAGCCCAGCCCUGCCCCUCAGAGAUGAACAAGGUCAAGGAUCUCCUGGAGGUGAACUGCACUGGGCAGGCUCUCAGCUCAGUGCCCCUAGACCUGCCUGCAGACACAGGCAUCCUGCUGCUCAGCAACAAUCGCCUGGAGUCCCUCUCCACCGCUGCCCUUCUGCCCCUCACCCAGCUUCAGGACAUCGACCUGGCCAACAAUGGCCUGGUGGCUCUGUACACGGGGGCCCAGCUGCCAUCCCUGAAGGAACUGAUCCUCUCUCAUAAUGCCCUGGUGGCCCUACCGGUCCUGGAGGGGCUGCCUGCACUCACCCACCUGGCUGUGGCCCACAACAGCCUGGAGAGACUGGCCCCCGGAGCUUUCCGCACAGUGCCACAGCUGCAGAACCUGGACUUGCGAGGCAACAAAAUGCAGCAGCUGCCCCAGGAGGCCUUUGCAGGGCUGAGGGCACUCAGGGAGUUGGACCUCUCAGACAACUUCCUGAAGGAGCUACCCAAGGAGUUGCUGCAGGACCUACAAAAGUUGGAGACUCUCUGGCUCUCAGGAAACCAGCUGCAGACACUGCCCACUGACUUUUUCCCAAAGGGGCACAUUUUCAUGUAUGUUUUCCUCACUGAGAACCCCUGGCAUUGCAACUGUGACCUGCACUACCUCCAGACCUGGAUCCAGAAGAAUGCUGACAUUGUUUAUUGGCCAGAGAGGGGCCUGGAGGAAACAAAGGUGGAGGUCGCACCUGAGAAGGUACUGUGUCACAGCCCUGCUGAACAUAGGCAGAAGCCCAUCAUUCACUUCAAGCUUAACUGCAGCAUCACGGAGGAUGCAGAAGAGGAAGGAGGGGAUGAAUACAAUUAUGGAGAAGAAACAACAGAGAAAGCUACCAUGAUCACCUUCCCCCCACAUCCAUUCAUCCCCAAAGAGCAUACUACCAUGCCCUGUGCUAUUACCUCAUCUUGCCUUCCUACCCUCACUACCACAAGAUCUCCCCUCACGCAACCUUCCUUCAUCACCCCUCGUAUCUCCACCCUUUCCCCAAGCACUUUGUUUGUGAUGCUGACAAGCGUCAGAGCUCUCAGCACCACCACUCCUGUACCAGCCAGUCCCACUGUAACACCCGCACAGACUCCCAGCACUGCCACCAUUCUCACUGCUGCUACCACCAUCUCCCUGCACAGACCUGCCACCCUUGACAAUGCCACCUCACUGCCAACGACUAUGAGCAGCAGUCCUUCUAGUAGCACCAGUCGCCAUCCGCAUACUAUCCUUGCUGCCAGCACUAUCCAUGGCACUCUCAUGGGCUCCACUAGCACAUUUCCCACCACUUCUAUAGCAGUUCCUUCUACUGCCAUGCUAGAGGCAUCUUCCAGUGUCAGAUCUCCAUCUCCUCCUCCAGUGUCGGCCAACACCAUGCUUUCCACUCAUGCUCCAACACCACCACCUCCCCUGGACACCACACAUGUCACCCAGCCUGCAUGUUCCCCACUACCUGCUCCUCCUCCCCUCUGCCCAUGCUCCAUCCCAGGACAGGCUGUACCCAUGCUGCGUUUGCAGGCCGGUGGGGAGGGUCCACAGUGGGGACAGUGGGUGCUGAGGCACUGCUGCCUGUUGCACUGGGUGCUCUACCUGGCUUCCUUGGCUCUACUAGUCCUGACCAUGCUGGCUCUAGCAGGUUGGCUGGCAUGGAUGUGUCUGGUGGGACAACCUUCCAGGCACAAGUCUCUGCAGACCCAAGAGGUACAGUAUCCACUGCUGGAAUGGAGGGAGUCAACAGGAAACCCUAUGAUGCAUCUCAGCAGCUUCAAAGUCCCCCUCCAGCGACCCACAUUCUGUACAAUCAAGGAAGUGGAGUUGUGCCCUGAGGUUACCUACUGCACAAUUAAAGAUCUGGGGAUACAGCACAGUCCUCCUGCAAGUUACUCCUUCUGCACCACAAAGGAGUUGUGGGUUCACCAAAGUCCUCUGCACACAUCAGUCAAGCCUUUCUCCAGGAAGCUGAUGGUCACAGACCUUGGCUUCCUGAGGACCCCAUCUGCUUACAGCCUAGACAGGGGUGUCAAGGCCAUCGGUGACGUCAGAGUGAAAUAUGGCGGUAACACCAUGUAAAUGUUUCUGUACAGAGAAAGAGAUCGAGAGUUGUGCCUCUGCUUUAUAUGCUUUGUUUUACAAGGGAAAGAUCUACUUGCCUAGAGGGAAGCCAUCCAGCUCCU